ACAACCCACUAUAUACAAUACUACAAAGAUUAUUUAACUUAUCUUAUUUUAUAUACAUUACUACGAGUACAACACACAAUGGAUUUGUCUAAAAUCUCAACAAUGUUAGUACUUAUUAUGUUAACUUCUGUUUUGGGACUUUGCCAAGGCCAAAGCGCCCCACAAGACUUCGUCAACACCCACAACACACCUAGGAGCCAAGUUGGGGUGAGCAACAUAGUGUGGAACACCACUCUGGCAACCUAUGCACUAAACUAUGCAAACCAAAGAAAAGGAGACUGUAAUCUGGUCCACUCUAACGGCCCUUAUGGGGAAAACUUAGCCAAAGGCAGCUCAGCAUCGUUCACGGGCAUAGUCGCGGUCAACCUGUGGGUGGCCGAGAAGCCUUACUAUGACUACUACUCAAACUCGUGCGUGAAUGGACAGCAGUGCCUCCAUUACACUCAGGUGGUCUGGACUGACUCCACUCAAGUUGGGUGCGCCAGGGUCCAGUGCACCAACGGCUGGUAUUACGUUGUGUGCAGCUACAAUCCCCCAGGCAAUUACGUGGGGGAGUACCCUUAUUAAUUACUUACUGAUUAUGAUCAUGAUGAGCUGAUAUAAUUAGGCACAUUGAUCUUUAAUAAACAAGCUAUAGUAGAAGAAAGGUUUGUAAUAAUAAGAUUGUUUUGGUUUUCUCUUGAUAUACAAGGAAUGACCAUUAUAUAAAUAUAGGAUUAAUAUAUAUAUAUAUACAUAUAUAUAUAUAUAUAUUGAUGAUAUGUGUUUAACUAUGUAAACUACUGCAACCCUUCUUUUUGUUGGAAUAGCAGUUACUGCCAAACAAGAGAAGCAUACUUUUCUAAAGUACUGUGACAUUCUCCAUGUUUAUUAAAUAAUUAACACUAUAUAUGGAAAUUGUUAGUGACUUUAUUAUUUACAAUUUUUUCUUUUUAAUUAUUUUUUUAAUGAUCAUCAUUCUUUUUUGAUACAUAUGAAAUCCAACUCUUUCCCUCAAAUAU